AUGAGUUCCAGCAACUACUUCGGACUUACGGGCAAAGCCCUGAGCUCAGCUCAAACCGCCUUUAUCGUCGCUCCAGCUUUCAUCUUAUUCGGUUACAAUCAAGCCGGAGUCGGUGGUCUUCUCACCGAGGAGGAUUGGGUCAAAACGUUUCCCGAGAUUGACACAGUCAACACCAAGGGCGCCCUCAAGAGUCACAACAGUACCAUUCAGGGUGUCGUCGUGGCAGUCUUCGUUAUUGGCGCUCUUUUCGGUGCUUUGUCCUGCUCUUGGAGCGGUAACGCUUUUGGACGUCGCAAUGUCAUCUUUGCUGGUGGUGUCUUUACCCUUAUCGGCUCCAUUCUGGAGGCUUCAUCCUUCGGCCUUGCCCAGUUCAUCGUCGGGCGUAUUAUCCUAGGUGCUGGUGUUGGUCAAUUGAGCUCCAUUGUCCCUGUCUGGCUGUCUGAAACUUCCGCGUCCAAGGAUAGAGGCAGACAAGUUGUCCUCACAGGUCUUUUUAUAUGCCUCGGAUACGUCCUUGAGUCUUGGGUUGAUCUUGGUUUCUUCGAGUUCCACCAUGGAUCGGUCACAUGGCGUCCCCCUCUAGCCAUCUCUAUCGCAUUCUCGUUGAUGCUGAUGGGGUCCAUCUAUUUCUUCCCUGAGUCGCCCCGAUGGCUUGUGUUGAAGAACCGCAGCGAACAGGCUCAAUCUGUCAUCGCGGCUCUUCGUGGACUGCCAAUCGACUCCAUGGAGGUUCAAGCUGAGGUGUCUGGCAUUGAGUAUUCGCUGGAGGAAACAGCUGGAACCGCUGUCAAGUUCACCGACAUGCUGAAGAUGGGCGAAGACAAACUGCUUUACAGAUUCUUGCUUUGCAUUCUUCUCCAGUUCUACCAACAGAUGUCUGGAAGCAACCUUGUCAGUGUUUAUGCACCAAUUCUUUUCCAGCAGAAUCUUGGCCUGAGUGCAGAACUGUCACGCGUCCUGGCUGGUGGAGCCCUGACUUGGAAGUUCUUAUCCUCCUUCAUCGCAUUUUUCACGAUCGAUCGAUUUGGUCGACGCGCAGUCUUUAUGAUUUCCGGUGUCGGCAUGUCAUGCUGCAUGAUUGCUCUGGCUAUCACAACUUCCUUCCCCAAAGACAACAAGAGUGCACAAAUUGCAGCUGGUUGCUUCAUCUACCUUUACAACACUUUUGUGCCGAUCGGGUUUUUGGGCGCCAACUUCCUCUACUGCACUGAAGUUGCACCCAUCAGACUGCGUAUGGCCAUGUCCUCUGUCUCUACAGCCAACCACUGGCUCUGGAACUUUGUUGUUGCCAUGGUGACUCCCGUCGCCAUCAACACUAUCGGAUGGCAAUACUACAUUGUCUUUGCAGUCAUUGCUGCCUGCAUUCCCAUGUCCGUAUACUUCUUCUUCCCAGAAACAAUGGGCAGAAACCUCGAGGAGAUCGAUCUUAUGUUCAAGGAUUCUCCUUCACCUUGGGCUACUGUCCAAUUUGCGAAGAACCGACCCGCUGCCCUUCCUCAAGAGUUUGCGGAGAAGUCGGACACAAAGUCAGCGCACGUCGAAUAG